ACUACGGAAUAUCAUCUACCCAGUUGAUAAAAAAUAUUUUUUAUUAUCUAUACGUAUGAACCUAUUUUUAAACUAUUUACACCUGAAUAGGUGAUCGACAAGCUCCGGUUCCCUACGAAACAAGAAGCCCAACUCAAGAACGAAGUGGCCAUCCUCCAGAAUUUGUCCCACCCGGGUGUGGUGAACUUGGAGCGAAUGUUCGAGACGCCGGAGCGAAUAUUCGUUGUCAUGGAAAAACUAAAGGGUGAUAUGCUGGAGAUGAUCCUGUCCCAUGAGAAGGGGCGACUCACCGAGAGGAUCACCAAGUUCCUGGUCGCUCAGAUCCUGGUGGCCCUGAAGCAUCUCCACGAAAAGAACAUAGUCCAUUGUGAUCUGAAGCCGGAGAACGUGCUGCUCUCCACCGACGAGGAGUUCCCGCAGGUGAAGCUCUGCGACUUCGGCUUCGCUAGAAUCAUCGGCGAGAAGAGCUUCCGGCGAUCGGUGGUCGGAACUCCCGCUUACCUCGCGCCUGAAGUUCUCCGGAACAAGGGGUACAAUCGAUCACUGGACAUGUGGUCCGUGGGCGUGAUCAUCUACGUGUCACUCUCCGGAACGUUCCCGUUCAACGAGGACGAGGACAUAAACGAGCAGAUACAGAACGCCGCCUUCAUGUACCCGCCCACGCCCUGGAAGGAGAUAUCCGCAGACGCGAUCGACCUGAUCAACAACCUGCUGCAAGUGAAGCAGCGCAAGCGGCUGUCCGUGGACAAGUCGGUGGCGCACUCGUGGCUGCAGACGCGCGAGGCGUGGGGCGACCUGCGCGCCCUCGAGGCCCGCGUGGGGGCGCGCUACCUCACGCACGCCAGCGACGACGCCCGCUACGCGCGCUGACCGUACGUACACCACCUGUACACGCCCCCCUCUACACCACCGCCACGCAGCGCGCUGACCGUACGUACAUACAUAC